AUGCCCCACAAAACGAAAAGACAAAUCCACUCGUUAAGUGUCAUUAACCGGCGUUGGACAAAGGAGCGGAGUGGGCCAUCGUUCGAUGAUGAUGUACACACAGUGGAAAUCAGUGAUGUACCGACUGCACAUGCUAGCGACGAGGACAGUCUCAUCAUGGAGAGUAGCGAUGAAGAGACAGAUCGCUCGUAUUUUAAACAAAAUUUGCAGAUUGGUGACAUAGUUGAUCUUUUCCAACUGUGCAAGUCACAGGCUAACAAGAAAGAUAUCAGUGUUCUUCUGUACAUGGUUCUGCGACAUUUUGGAAUAUUAUACGAUGAAACGGAUCAUUUUCUCAAAAAAAUUGGUGGUUUAUCGGGUCAAGUUGCCCAUAAAUGGGCAACAGUGUUUAUUACAGAAACGUUUGAUAAAUAUUGUGACGAGGGGAGAGGAGGGAAAAGAAGCGAUGCUUUCUACGACGUCUACCCAGACAUUGAAGCGGAAGCAAAAAUAUUUGCAGUAGGCCAAUGUCAGCAAAAGGCUGCUAGCUUCACCAUCUGCGAUCUCGCACAAUUUAUAAACACGAAGUAUUGUCAAAUCAAUGGCCUUGUUGACGAUGCAUCUGAUCUCGUUAGAUCAGUAGAAAGUUGUAGGUUGGAUCUUCGAAAGUGGGGUGCGCGAUUUGAACCCAACACCAAGCGACCCUAUUUCGAGGGUCAUGAUCGAGCGGACGUAGUCGCUCAUCGAAAUCAAUUUGUUGAUUACCUAUUGAACCACAAGGAUAAAUAUUAUACAGUCACUUCAGGCGACGAUCCGCGAUGGACAGCACCUCGGGCACGGACACGCAAGAUUCUAAUUUGUCAUGACGAAUCAACUUUUCGUACCGGUGAAGUUCGCGCUAAACGUUGGGUGAUGGACAAGUCGGCACCUUUUUACAGCAAAGGAAACGGGAGGAGCGUGAUGGUGUCCGACUUCCUAGUACAGCAUCCGUCAUCACCAUUCUUUCGACUAAACCAGCAAGAAUGGAACAAUGCAAUACGGCAAUAUCCCGAACUGACCGAUGACGAUGGUCUUCGAUACGAGAUGAAUUCUGCAACAGUCACAGCGCAUUUAGGCGUUGAUCCUUAUUUCGACAAUGAAACUAUUCUUUGCCAGUUCGAACGUUUGUUCAAGUUACUGAAGUUUAAGGAGGAAUAUUGCAAUCAUGAUAUUGAAGUGUUAGUGGAUAACGCGCGCACGCACACAACCAAGCCGUUUAGCAUCAACGACUUUGGAAAAGGAAUUGGGACUCGAUGUCCAGUCUCAUCAAUCAUGUAUAUAGACGAGAACAAUAACAAGAAAAUCGUCGAUUGCUAUUUUCGAUCAGGACCACACGGUGGCCAGAGUAAAGGACUGCUAGCUAUCGCCUCGGAGUUGGGACUCAACGUGUCAUCUGAUUGUAAACUUGAAACACUGAAAUCUAUACUGUCAAAUCAUCGAGCAUUCCAAAAUGUUUCUAAGCUUGAGCAGCUAGCUAUCGAUUACGGCUUCAAAGUUUUAUUCAUACCUAAAUUUCACUGUGAAUUGAACCCUAUAGAAGGUUUCUGGUGUCACCAGAAAGCAUACGUGCGAAAGUACUCUGAUCAAACAUUUACUACCAUGACACGACUUAUCACCCAAUCUAGAGAUGACUUUGUUGAGAAAAAGAUCUCUCUCAAAUUAUUUCGUCGAUUCUGGAAGGCCGUCCAAGCAUAUGCUCAAGAUCAGAGUUACGCUGAUGUUUUGAAAUUGUUUUUCAGUAGUCUGUGCACUGACACCGCUGUUUCACACCGUAGAAUAACAAACUCGAACUUAUAUGUUGUGUGA